CCCCCCCUCAGGGAGAAGAUGGGCUUCAUCGAGGACUUUUUCACAUAUGAGACCCCGAAAUCAGUGGUUGUGAAAAGCUGGACAGUGGGGAUCAUUAACCGAGUGAUGCAACUUCUCAUCAUCACCUACUUCAUCGGCUGGGUGUUUAUCCAUGAGAAAGCUUACCAAACGAAGGAGACCCGAAUUGAGUCCACGGUGAUCACCAAAGUGAAGGGCUUUGGCCGGACACAGCUGCCCAAUGGCUUGGAGAAAGUGAUGGACGUGGCUGAGUAUGUGAUUCCUCCGCAG